UAAUAUGAGUACAUUUUUCACUUGUUUAUCAUUGUCGAGACUAACAUUUAUUGAGAGAAGGAACAAAUAAGUGGAGACGCACAAGCACGCGCGCUGCAAGGACCGACUUUGGUGUCAGGGAAGUAUAUUUGCAUGUCACAAAGAUUUUCAUCUUGUUCCGGAUUUGAGUGGAAUGGGCUAAUGAAUUGAUAGGAUUUGUUAGUGGUUUGUCUCGUCGAAUCAGUCUCAGUCAGCUGCAUAUACCAUCUUCGUAAUUUUGGGAAACUAAGGAAUUCUCGAAGGUUUACCGUGCAGCCAUGAUGAGCAACGACACCAACAUGACUCCGGAGAGUGGAGUCCAGUACCUCAGGGACUUGAGCCUGCAGUCCUGGAACAAUCGUCUGCCCGUGGUUGUGUAUCUGUGUCUGCUGGUUGUGGUUGGAGCCGUGGGCAACGUCCUUUCGUUCCUCGUCUACUUCUUGCGGUUCCCCGACAGCUCCACGCGCGUGUUCGUGCUGACCAUGAGCGUCUGCGACCUCGUCACCAACGUCGUGGGUCUGCCGCUGCAGAUCCUUACCAUCCGCUACGCUUACGAUUCCUUUGAUAUCUAUCUUUGCCGCAGUUUCUACAUCUUCGCCACGAUACCUACACAAGCAUCAGGGUUCUAUCUUGUCCUCGUGGCCUUCGACCGUUACCAUCGGAUUUGCAAACCUUUUAAAAAACACCUUUCUUCCGGUCAAGCGUGGAAGCUGGUGGCUGGAGCUACAGGGGCAGCUACUCUUAUGUUUGUGCCUUUCACUGGUUUCUAUGGUUACCACACAGUGGAUAGUCCGUGGCCCGAGGUGAAGGCUGUCAUGUGCUGGGUACACGACCCAUACCGGGAGACCUUUUACUCCACUGCCUAUCUUUUUAUGGUUGGCGUGUCUUUCUCCGGCGGUUUGUUGCUGAUGGCAACAUUUUACUUCCUGAUAGGGAUGACAGUGUUUCGACGUCGGUUUGGCAGGAAUUUCUCACAGACCAAUCCCAUAUCACCGGCACUCAGAGGACGUGAGAGCGGUGCCGAUGACGUCAGCGGAACCACGAGUGAAGUCGGGUGUAGCCAUGCUACGUCUUCUACCGGACCUUCUACCGAACCCCGUCACGUGACUGAUAGCAUCUCUGCCACUGCUAAAGUUACUUUCUCUACCGAACUUUUUACCCAGUCCAGCGACAUGACCCCAAGCAGACAUGCCACUGCUGAAGAUACCAAUCGUCCGGAUAAUAAGGAGCAACACAAGAAACCUAUUGGGAGCAUCAAUCCUGCUGAGCUCAGCAACAUCGUGCUGUUAACAACACGACCUGAGGACACGUCAGCAGAACAGGCUCCACAUGUCCCCACCACACUGACCAGGAACAUAUGCGGGAUCACGAAGCUAAACUCGAAUUUAAAUGCCCGGAAAUCUUGGAAUGGGAGGAGUUUGCGGUCUCGUACUACCCUGAUGAUGGCGGUACUCACCGGCCUCUACAUCGCUAACUGGCUUCCCCACUUCGCAAUGAGGCUAGUGAGCAGUGAUCCAGCCAACACAUGCGAAGACUUCACAGACUGCGGCAUGAACCUCUAUGGUCUGUGUCUGAGGUCCUACUACCUCAACAGCGCCGUCAAUGCUGUGGUGUACAGCUUCUGUAACCCCAGGUUCCGCCUCCAGUGUCGUCUGCUCUUCACCAGAAGACUGCAUCGCGGGCGUCAUUAAAUUUAAAGCUAAGGCGAGAGCAAAAUUAUUUUUAUAAAUUAUAAUGAGUGGGUUUAAUAUAUUACAACAUACUGCUCACCCAUGUCUGGGCCAAGAACUAUCUUUUUGUUUACGAGUGACAAACUGUUGAACAUAACAGUUUUACACCUGGGCCUUUGGAAAGAAGUUAAUACACUUUGCAAUGGUUAGCUCAAGAUAUAUUCUAAGCCCUCGCAUUGGCUACUGCCAUCAUCGACGUCAGAAUUUAACAUUUAGGUCAAUCCACCUGUGAUUUGCUAAAAUUUAAGCCAAUCCACCUGUAUUUUUGUUUUUAAAAAAGUAAAAUUUGCUUCGUUAACUAAGGACAUGUCUACUGACUGUUGAUGUCAGAAGCUUUUACGCUCGAUCCUAUAUUCUCGGGUGAGCUUUUAACCUGUGAAACACAUUUGCGGCAAAGAUGUCUGUAGUCGACACAUGCGCCUUGGAAAUAAACUGACAGCUGUGUACGUGGCAGGAUUGUGUGAGACCUCAAAUGCAUUGCACCUUAACAUGGACUCACACUUCAUGCGGCUAUAAAAUCCUGUCCUACACGUUUUGUGUGCUUCUCGCACCUUUUCUCAUUCAGACAUCAAACUUGAUGGCUUUUAUUACAGUGACUACAAAAAAGCUGGAAAAGACAGUUGUUUGACAGUCCAAAGUAAAAGCAGUGAAACUCAGACCAAAUCGAUUCUUUUUUCAUUUUAUCGAUUUGAUUAUCAAACGCUUGGAGCUAAGGUUCUAGACACGUGGACUCAGAUCCCAUGAACUUUUAGUUUUAGAUUGUUUUCUACAGCAGUGGACAUUCGCACAGAUACUAGUGGAAAAAAAUAAGCAACAAAAAGCUGACAUGAAGACCUCGUGGUCACGAGCAACCAGUCUGUGACAUGUUGUUGUUUGUACGUGGGCUACUACAUCAUCUGGACCUGUCCUGUUUCUUCCCAAUAGGCAAUGAAAGUUUAAAGAAAGCAUUUUCAAGCAGCAAACACAUCGAAAGACACUAACAUUUUUGUCUGAAAGCUCAGUUUUAUUGGCUAAGGGGAGAACUUUAACUGUAGUUAGUUUUAGGCUCAAGCUGACCUUUGUGAUGUUCAGACUCAGUGAGGAAGGCAAAUAUCGCCAUCCAUAAAAUAUUCAUUGUUUUCCUUUUUUUAAUAAUGUUAUAUUAUAAUUAGUUUUAGCUAAGCUUUCUCUACAUUUGUUCAAGCUUUGUAUGAAAAAAUUGUAUGGGUUAACUGUACAGUCGAGGGCCAUCAAGCCGCGGUCCAGUAAUCCUUGAAACUGCAUGGAUCCCAAAUUUUUGACACCAUGGAUCGUACGGAUUGUACAUGGCCUCUCAAACACUCGAUACAGUUGUUAUACUAUGCUACUUUCACAAUGUUGACUCGAAGGUCAACACGUGAGAAAGGAUUGUGAUAAAAAACAGUUAUUUUUCACUAUUUAUUGUAAUUUAUAAAUUUUUAAGAAAUAUUUAAGGCACAACCACGUAAGACGCGGUUAAAGAGUUUGGACCCCAGUCCCCAGGGGUUAAUGGUCCUACACUGUAUAAUGUCAAUAUCUCCUUCCACAAUAAAGGGUUAAUGACUAAAAUCAACGUCUUUGUGUUCAAACACUGUGGACUGUGUAGUGUUAAACCAUUCGACACAGACUUAAGAUUCUCCUUCCGUACUUCGCGAUGUGUAUCUACGGAAACUGGCGUCGACAAUCAGGAUGUUUUGAGAUUAGACUUUGCCAACAGUGUCUCUGACCACACAGAACAGAAACUGUAAGAGAAAUCCUUCAAAAGAAAUGAAAAACAGGAUUAGAAACGAGUCAAGGUUGAGCUGGAAAAUAAAAGCAAAAAGUUGAGUGAGAGAAAGAGAGAAAGAAAGAGAUGAGGGGAGAUAAUUAGUGGCUUGAGGAUGUCGCAAUAAACUCUCCUUACUCUGUAUGUUUUAAUUAAAAACUAACUCGACAGCAGUUUGUUUCAGAUA